UCUUCCUCCAGCCCACCUGUUUCAAAUGAAUGAUCAAAUUAGGCUUGAAUGCAGCCUGGUGAGGCAGCAUCUAUUAAAAUCAGACGUGCUCAAGCUGCAGAGCUAACCUACGGAGCCUGUCUUUGUAGGGGACCUCCUCAUUGUGCCUUCUUCUCAAAAGCUGGUUUCAACAUCAUUACUGGCAACAGUUGCAGGACCAGCCUUGGAUGCACAGACAUGGAUUUGCUGCUCAUAGUAGCUUUGCUCCUAAUGCAAACGAGGAUUGGGAGCAGAGCUGAAAAAGACUUUAUGUCAGUCACUUUACCAGGAUGGCAGGCGACUUCAGAUUAUGUUACUCAGUGCUUUGACAAAAGACAUGGGGCUGUGGUUUGCGACUGGACAAAAAGCCAAAAACCUGCUCUAAAUGGUUCAUCUGUGAAUAUUUUGGAGAGUCCUUCACUGGGCAUUGAGGGAAAGGCCUGUUUGGAGUUCUGGUUUCUGGUUCCAGUUGCAGCUACUGGGUCUGAGGUUACAGUUCAGCUGAAAAGCAAUAGUAGUUUGGAGAAAAUUUGGGUCUCCCCUAUGCUGCAUAGAAAUGCAUGGAGGCAAAUAUUGGUUGACAUGAAUGUCACUGAAAAAGACACUCAGGUUGUAUUUGAAGCCAUCCAACCAGUCUCCAUACAGGAUCAAACCACUUUGAGACAAAUGGGGGUGAGAAGAGGUUCAUGUGGAAACCAGUGUGACUCAGACACAGACUUGUGGCCUGAUUACAAUACUCAUUGCCUGUGUUCUGUUGGCACGCUCUUGUGCUUUCCAUCAAACUGCCCCAAAGGCCAAAUCUGUGGAUUUCAAACAGGAUCCGAUAGGUUUUUCACAUCAGGGAUUUGCACGAUACGUGAUCACUCAGAGUACAGCACCUUUGACGGCGUGAUGUUCCGGUCCAUGGCCCCUUGCAACUAUGUGCUGACUAAGUCUUGCACAGAACACAUGGAGAAGUUCAGUGUUGAGGUGGUCAAUGGGCAGAGUGGCAAUUCAUCAACACCAAUGGUCAAGGAGAUUGUUAUAACUUUAGGAAACAUCAAGGUGUCCCUGAUGGAAAGCCAGAGGGACAAAGUUGUGGUGAAUGGUGUCUGGAAGAGCCUUCCCCUCAGUAACACAAGCAUCAAUUUCCAAAUCCAAAGCAACUCUGCUGCUACAGUACUGGAAGCAAGUUUUGGCCUGUGGGUUUCCUACGACCAUGCUGGAGCAGUCAGUGUUGUCCUGCCAUCAAAUUUCUCUGAAGUGUGUGGACUGUGUGGCAACUUCAAUCACAUCCACAGAGAUGACUUCCUCAUGGCUAAUGGUACAAUGGCUGAAAAUGUCAUGGCUUUAACGGAGAGUUGGCAGACUGAAGAAAAUAACUCUUCCUGUGAAAGUACUUUGGUGUCUCCAAAGUGUGACCCACUGGAGGAGGAAGAAUAUGCCAGUGAAAUGUACUGUGGAAUACUUUUCUCUGGUGGUGGGCCUUUUGCUAACUGCUCAUCAGUUGUAAAAGCAGACAGCUACUUCAGGACCUGUGUCUCGAACCUGUGCUCUGCUCAUGGUGACCAAGCGGUGCUGUGUGAGACAUUACAAGUCUAUGCCACUGUUUGCCAGGAAGCUGGAGCUUCUCUCCCCAUGUGGAGGAAUUUGGUGUCUUGUCCCCUGAAAUGUGGCAGUAACAGUCACUACAAUGCCUGUGCUGAUGGUUGUCCAAACACAUGCUUCAGUCAGAAUAAAACUAGCUGUGGAAGCUGUGAGCAAAGGUGCGAGUGUGAUGCUGGCUUCAAACUCAGCGGCGAUAAGUGCACACCAGCUGAAGACUGUGGCUGCCUGUACGAUGGAAAAUACUAUGAGAAAGGAGAGCAGUUUGUGGGGGAAAACUGCAUGCAACAGUGCCAAUGCAAGGGUAAUGAUGUCCUGGAAUGCACAAAGAUGCAGUGUUCUAACAACGAAGUAUGUACACAAAUGGAUGGAGUCCGAGGCUGCUCCCCUUUCAAACAAACAACCUGCACUGUGUAUGGUGAUUCCCAUUAUAUCACCUUUGACAACUUGGCCUAUGACUUCCAAGGAGGCUGCAGUUACAUACUGACCACAACAUGCGGUGACACGCAAUCCGUGCACUUUACUGUGAUUGGCCAUACUGUGAAUCAUCCCCUUCAAAACGGCACCAGGUCAAACCUUGACAGCGUCUCUCUUCAAGUUGAUGACCUGAAGUGUACCUUGAAUCAAAGUGGCGAGGUCUAUGUACAUGACAACCUUAUCAAACUUCCACACUCUGUCAAUGGUACAUAUGGAGCAGUGUGGAUCUAUACGGAGGAAGAUCACAUCAUCUUGAAGGCAUCCUUUGGUUUAAAAGUCAUUAUUGAUGGGCAGGGCAGGCUAUUCCUGCAGGUGGAUGAGCACUACAAGUAUAAUCUCUGUGGUCUGUGCGGAACUUACUCUGGAUUGCAAAGUGAUGACUACUAUAUGCCAGGGGGGCAGGUUGCCAUUGAAGCGUCUGAAUUUGGAAACAGUUGGCGAGUGCAUAAUGAGUGCAUUGCGGCUCCUUCUCACCCCAGACAAUGUGAUGGUGAGAACAUUGCUUACAUGGAGUGUUCCAUGCUGUUAAAGGAUGAGUUUUCUGCCUGCCAUGAGCAUGUACACCCAAGUAUCUACCUCAAUAGUUGUGUUUAUGACUACUGCGCUACAAGUGGUGACCAGCGCACAUUAUGCGACUCUCUGAAGUCGUAUGCUGCAGCAUGCCAGCUUGCAGGGGUGAAGCUUCCAAACUGGGAGCCUGGAACAGCCUGUGAUGAACUUCUAACUCCAACUUCAAGCCCUUCAACUCCACAACAAACUAUCUGUCCAAUGAACUGUAAUUUCGAUGAAAAUCUUUGUGGAUGGGAACAAGUAAUCCAGGACAGUUGUGAUUGGACAAGACAUUCUGGCCCAACACACUCAAAUCUAACUGGUCCAAACCAAGAUCACACCUCUGGAGGUGGUUUCUACUUGUACCUUGAGACUAGUGGCGUCUCUCAGGGGACCUCUGCACGUUUGCUGAGCUCGCUGUGUUUCAAUAGUGGCCCCCUCUGCUUGAACUUCUGGUACUACUUGUAUGGCUCGGCUGUUGGCAUGUCCCUUAACAUCUACCUGCUGAGAGACAACAAAGCAGUCAAGCUUUGGUCUGUGGUUAACAACCAGGGACCAAAAUGGCAUCUGGGAAGUGUUGAUCUCAGGAUUUCUGGCUCUUUUCAAAUUAUUAUUGAAGGAGUCAGAGGUUCUUCUGAUCAGUCAGAUGUGGCACUGGAUGACAUCUCAAUAAGUCUUGGCACAUGCUCAGAAGUAACUUCAAGGCUUACAGAUGAAACUGCUCAAUCAACAACUCCAGACAUUAGACCAUCAUAUCCAAUUUGCAGUGUCAACUGUAGCUUUGAUGGCAGUCUAUGUAGUUGGAGUAAGACGGCCACAGAUUCUCUUGACUGGACAUGGAACAAUUACGCUCCCACUCAGAUCAUCGGCGGCACUUCUGAUCCCACAAGUGGUGGAAGUUAUCUCUGUAUUGAGGCUAAAGGCGUGGUACAUGGCAACGCAGCUCGUCUCAUUAGUCCAGAGUGUUCUGCCAUUGGACCUCACUGCCUACAAUUUUGGUACCGCAUGCAUGGGUCGGCUGAUCCAAUGGGCCUCGAUGUUUAUUUGCUCCAGAACCAAGCAACUGAGACAGUUUGGUGGAAAAGACACGACCAAGGCAAUAUGUGGCAUUUGGCUCAAGUGGACUUCUAUGCUACAACAAUGUUCCAGAUACUCAUUGAAGGGCAAAAGGAAUUCAAUGAUCAGUCGGUUGUGGCAAUAGAUGAAGUCAAUCUGCUUCAUCUUCCAUGCUCUGACUUGGGUAUGGCCAUUGAGGUCCUUCCUGUGGGAUACUCUAAUCCAACCGUACCACAGAGUGCACCUUCACUAACACUGUCUCCAAUGCACAAAUCCCCUACAAAAGAAGUGACCACACAUCCAGCUGAUGGAUGUCAGUUGAACUGCGACUUUGAGCAAGAUUUAUGCCAGUGGACUCAACAGCUUGACAUAUUUGAUUGGAAGAGGCACAGUGGCUCCACUCAAACUACUGUUCCAGCUUCAUAUAGCUCAAAACCAGGUGGCCACUACAUUUACAUUGAAGCAAAGAGUGUGCCAUUUGGAGAAACUGCUCGUCUUAUUAGUUCAGAAUGUUCUGCCACUGGACCACAUUGUCUGCAAUUCUGGUACUUGAUGGACAAUUCAGCUGGGGAAGUUGGGCUUGAUGUAUACUUGCUCAAGGAUGGAAACACUGAUGUGAUAUGGAGGAAGAGGGAGGGACAAGGCAUUGUGUGGCAUCUGGGUCAAGUGAACUUUAUAACAACUGGAACAUUUCAGAUAAUCAUUGAAGGCAGAGGUUCAGAUCAGUCGGUGGCCAUUGAUGACGUCGCUCUCCGUAGUGGGUUCUGUACAGAUUUGAAUGAACAAUCUGUGCAAUCCCUACAUCAUGUCAUGCAAAGUGCUGGCCCACCUCAAGUAAGCAUUGCUGGGAUGCCAAAACAACCCCACAAUUCUGCUGUGACGCUUGGAACAUCAAAAACUGCAAUUCAUCAUUAUCAACUUCAGCAAACGGUAGAGUUACAGUUGACGCCAAGACCCCAAAUUGCACAGACUCAACCUCCAACCACAAAGUGUAAUGAAACUGCCGUCCCACAUCAACCAACAACUGAACCAAAGUCUACAACGAAGCACAGACCUGAAAUGACUGUUCAACAAACUGUAAUCACAAAGGGUAAUGCAACAAUAUCCCUACAGCAACCUGUGAUGCCAAAUCCUAAAGCUACACCAAAAACCACUGCUCAACAACCUCAAAUAUAUUCCAACAAUGUAACUGCACCUUCAACUACCCCACCUCCAUCUAAUCAUGGUAAUGCACCACCAGCUACAGCAACAACUCCCCCACAGCCUGUGACCAAAGGGGGUCAACCAACAGUAAUCCCACAGCAACCUACAACUCCCAAGCCAGAAUCUAAACCUCAAAUUUCAGUUAAACAACCUCUUUCCAAUCGUAGCAAUACGCCAGUUGCCCCACAGCUACCUUCGAUCUCUCCACCACAAGCUACAGCAGCAACUCCCCCACAGCCUUCGACUACAAUGGGUAAUCCAACGGCAAUCCCGACGCAACCUACAACUCCCAAGCCAGGGUCUACACCUCUGAUCUCAGUUAAACAACCUCUGUCCAAUCGUAGCAAUACGCCCGUUGCCCCACAGCUACCUUCAACCUCUCCAUCACCAGCUACAGGAACAACUCCUUCACAGCCUUUGACUACAAUGGGUAAUCCAACGGCAAUCCCACAGCAACCUACAACUCCCAAGCCAGGGUCUACACCUCUGAUCUCAGUUAAACAACCUCUGUCCAAUCGUAGCAAUACGCCCGUUGCCCCACAGCUACCUUCGAUCUCUCCACCACAAGCUACAGCAGCAACUCCUUCACAGCCUUCGACUACAAUGGGUAAUCCAACGGCAAUCCCGACGCAACCUACAACUUCCAAGAAAGGGGAUACACAUCUGAUCUCAGUUCAGCAACCUCUGUCUAAUCGCAGCUUUACACCAGUUGUUCCACAGCUGCCUUCAAUAUCUCCAGCAACAACUCCCCCACAGCCUGUGACCACAAUGGGUAAUCCAACAGCAAUCCCACAGAAAUCCACAACUCCCAAGCCAGAAUCUACUCCUCAAAUUUCAGUUAAACAACCUCUGUCCAAUCGCAGCAAUACACCAGCUCUUCCACAGCUGCCUUCUUCUGCACCAGAAACUACAACUGGACAAGUUGUAACCACUGCCAGUAAUGCAACUGUAGCCCCACAACAAUUUACAACAUCUGCCCAUGUUUCCACAACUGGAAAUCUUCCUACAACUUCUACACCACAAUCUUCAGCUGUAUUGAGAACCACUGCUAAUCCACAACCUCUCAAUGCUACAGCUCUUCCACAUCUACAAUCAACAGCAACUCCACCAGAAUCCACAACUGUAACUCAACAAAAUGAAACUGUUCCACUACCUCUACCCACACAGGCUAAUGAGAAAGUGACUCCCAUUACAGAUGUACCAAAAUCUACUAUUGGAACCCAACCUCAAACUAGAGCUGGGCCACAGUCCGUUACAACAGCACCCCAGCUGUCUAUGACAAUGGCAAAACCAGAAUCUACAACAAGAGCUCAUUCUCAAAUCACAGCCAGACCACAACCUGGGACCACAAGACCUAAUACAACCACACAGCUGUAUACUUUCGCUACAUCAGAAUCUACAACUGGAACCCCAUCUUAUACCACAGCAAACCUUAAUGCAACAGCAGCACCACAGAUGUAUUCUACAGUAAUUUUCGAAUCUACAACUGGAACCCCAUCUUAUACCACAACUGAAACGCAAACUGCAAACCCUGCCAGUGCAACACCCUCACAGCUGUAUGCUACAUCUACUUCAGAAUCAGUAACUGGAACUCCAACUUAUACCACACCUAAGCCACAAACAACUAAUGUUGGCGAAGCAACAGUUGUCCCACAGUUCUCAAUGACAAAACCACAAUUUACAACUUUACCUCCAACCACUGCUGAGCCACAACCUGCAACCACCAAGGGUACUACUGUCUAUCAGGAGUUGACUACGUUAACAGCAUUGAAAUUCACAACUGAAACUCCAUCGCCAACUACAGCCAGGCCUGAACCUUCAACUGCACACAGUAAUGCAACAACCCCACAGCUACCCUCUACAACUACACCAGCUGCUACAACACCUGGGCUAAAACCUGUAACUUCUGCACACAUUAAUGAAACGAUGACACCUCAUCUAACAGCAACAGCUAAACCCAAACCUCAACUGCAAACUGUUUUUAUACCCCAAAGUAAAACAACCCAACAAACAUCAAAAGCUCCAACUUGUGCAAAGCACAGCCAUUACGCUACUUGCAUCCCACCAUGCAGUCCAACUUGCACACAUCUCAAUGGAUCACCAGGCUGCAGGGAAAAGAAAUGCAUCUCAGGAUGUGUCUGUGAUGAUGGUUUUGUACAGGAUGAACACGGUUGUGUUCCUGUACAGAAGUGUGGAUGUCAGGACACAAAUGGCUUCAGACACAAGUUCAAUGAAGUGUGGUAUACCAAUCACUGCAGUCAGAAAUGUGAAUGUGAAGAUGAGGAUGGUACUGGGAAAAUGGUUUGUGACUAUGAGGAAUGCGAGGAUGCCAUUUGCCUUCCAAAUGAGAUGGGCUAUUUCUGCCAGUCUACAGGUUUUAGUGAGUGCACCAUCCAGGGAGAUCCUGAAUACAGGACAUUUGAUGGAAUGAAGCAUGGCUUUGAGGGGAAACGCUCUUAUGUGCUUGUUAGGACAAAAAGCCUGCCUAAAAACAUUCCUCAAAUUUAUAUUGAGAUAAUAAAUUCAUGCACUAUUGAUAGUCAAAGUGAUGGUGACGAUGAUGAUAGCAGCAGUAGUGAAGAAGAUGGCAGCAGUGAUGGUGACUCUGAGCUUCAGAAAAUGCAACAAGUCAAGAUUCAAGUGUACAACCAUACUGUGGAGUUGAAGAAGAAUCGAAAAGUAUUUGUGGAUGGAAGUGGGGCUAAAACUCCUGUGUCACCAACCAGUGGUCUCACCAUCCAGGAGCAUUCUUCUAGAGUCUUCUUGAAGACGGAUUUUGGUCUCUCAGUGGAAUUCAAUGGACACUGCAAAACGGAAAUUACUUUGCCAACCAUAUACAGAAAAAAAGUUGAAGGCCUGUGUGGAAACUUUGAUGGCAGAAAGUGGAAUGACAAGGUAAAGCCAGAUGGAUCUACAGCAAAGAGCAUUGAAGAGUUUGGUGAAAGCUGGAGAGUUUAAGUUUUCAGAGGGAAUAAAGUGAGGCAUAAUAAAAUAACAUUUCUGGCCCCUAGCUUCAUGGAGGUUUACAAAUUGCUUGUUCUGAUGACUACAUCUUGUGCUGGAAUUAAACGAAAGUUGUGACUCAUAACUGAAGAUGUUGUGACGGUUAUUUACUUCCUGUUAGUGUCACAGUAAGAUCUUUGUUAAACCUAUGGGUUUAUUUUUCCCAAAAAGGUUUCAAAAGCUUUAAAGUUACUUAAACUACUUCUGUGCCAGCUUCAAUAACUGGAGCGUUUCCUACAAUUUACUCUUGUAUAGUUGGCUCUUUAAGUGUACAAAGCUUUGUUUUGUAAAUCUACUGUGACCUGAUGUGUGUUGUUGAAA